AUGGAGGCAGAGAAUCGCCAGAAGCAUCUCGAACGCCUGGCGCGUGUCCGCGAGAACCAGCGUCAAAGCCGAGCGCGAAAGCAGGAGUAUGUCCGCGAGUUAGAGCAGCGCUUGGCUUCGUUCAAAGUUGAAGCUCAGCGAAAAGAUAUCCAGCACCGGCUGGCCAGCCAGAAAAUCGAGGCAGAGAACCGACACCUCCGAACUCUGCUAGGAUCUCUUGGGAUCUCGGCAGAGCUAGUCCAACAGUAUCUUCAGUUGGCUGACCAGGGCACCGUGCUGAAUCGGAAAGUGGCCAUUCCCGCAAUGCAGCGACCGGCAGAGCUACCUCCAAUACCACCAUCUAGUGGCACGGGCAGUCCGCAAUCAAGCUCUACGCGAGCAAGCGCACCGACUGCGUGUAGCACAGCAACCGAACGCUCACCCUCAGAGGAAGCCUCUCGUACACCGACUACUUGUGCGCCAUUAGCUUGUGCGCCAACCACCUGCGCGCCAACCACCUGCGCGCCAACCACCUGUGCACCAGUGCAGGCUGAAACCGAAGGCCCACAACAGAGGCAAAAGCCAAAGCAUGCAGAACCCGCUCUCUGUCAAUGCCCACCAGGAAACCCAGGCAUGGACGAAGGCAAUGGCGACGUACUGAAUACUACUCUCUGUGCCAUGGCAGAAGAGUUGAUUAGCCAGUACAAUACGAGCGGGAUUGACAUUGACGAAAUCCGACAAAGACUGUGGGCCGGAUUCAGAGCCAAUUCUACAGGAGAUGGCUGCCGAGUUGAGAAUCAGGUCUUGUUCCAAGUUUUGGAUGAGAUUAGCAACAGCAUCUAA